UUGAUUGAAAAUUGUGAGAUUAAUUGUAAAAACGUCGAAAUGUGACGUUUUCUGUGUGACGUCAUUUGUUAAUUUUAUGACGUAAACUAUUAGACAUAUAGAUGUAGUAAAUAUGGCACAUCAAACAAUCUUUGAAGAUCCUAGCGAAGAAUUUGUGGACUGUACUGAUGAAUUUCUCGAUAAAGUCAUCGAAGAAUGCUUAGCAGUUCCAUCUGAUGAUCAUUUUUCCGACGCAGGUGAGAAUAUUAGUUCUACGGACGUCAAAGGAAACGAUAAUGUGAAUCUUAAUCAAAAUGACCAAGCAGACAGCCAGUCGUCAUUUGUUGGUCCUGCUCUCAUUCCGAGAGAAAAGUCGGGACAAUACAUUCCCCUUUGCUCACACAUAGAUGACGACAGCUUUGAUUUCGAUGAAAAUAUUUCAGUUAUUCGGCGAUCGCAAAGUGACGACCUUCUUUCAACAAGCAGAUCAGCCAGUAAAGAUGACCAUCGUGAAUUGCAAAGACCAACCCUUAGCGAGAAAAACAUCAACGAAUUAAUUCGUCCUCCUAAUAAAUCUUUGAACGACACUCCGCAGUCAACCUUUUCAAACCCUUCAAGUGGAAUGACCAAUGGUACGGGCAGUUCUGCUAGAAGUAGUUCAUGCAAUAUAGACUUCUUGGCAGAGUUUGAGCGAAGGGUCGAUCUUUUGGAAUACACUGAUUAUGCUUUGGAAGAAGUAUUUGUCAUGUUAAGAAGUUGCGUGGAAAAACUUUGUGUGAAUAACGGUAUCGUUUUCGAAAAUCAAACAGAAAGCAUUAAAACGUGUGAAACAGAUGGCUCUGCAUGUGAAGAAAGCACGACGGAAACCACUGAACACGACAAGGAAGCGGAAGUUUCUACAAACACGGAAGCAAGCGUUUCUGCAGACAAGGAAGCCGACGUUUCUGAUACAGAAGGAACCGAGAAAAAUCAUGGGGAAGAUAAAGAGAAACUAAAGGAAAAUGAAACCAAAUUAGCAGAAGAAAAUGAUAUCCAAGAUAAUAGGGGAUAUCUUCAAGAUCUUUUGGGGUUGCUAGUGGAACUAGAAAAACGGUUCGAACAUUUCACAGCCGAAAUUGGAGACCUUGUUCAGCUUGGAGCUUUGUCUGCCAAACAUGCUGCGAGGAUUGAGCAAUACGCCAGAUGUGUUCAAAAUACGUAUUUGAGUAUGAAGGCCGACAAUGAGAAAAUGCAGGACUACCUACAAAUCAAGGAGACCGAUUGGGUGCAGACACAAGCUCAACUACAUAAUGAAAUAGUACGUCAAACAGAAGAAAUCCAGGCGCUGAUGACUGAACUGUCGAAGAGUAACAUGAAAAACCGGAUCCGUAACAACAUGCAAGAUCGACAUCUCAAUCUGGUCAGGAAAGACUCGCACUCCACAGAGGAUAUCGUCACCCUCAUGCUUCAUCAGAGAUGUUCCAUUGAAAAAGCAAUGGCGCUCGAUUUCAGUCGCCAGUCCAAAAUCAACGAAUUGAAAUUGCUGGUCCUUCAACAACAGAGCUACAUUCAGAAGCUUGAACUACAGAAUAAAGAGAUGGACAUGGUUUUACAGGGUCUGCUGUUUCCAGCGGAUGAGCCUAAAGAGCCACCAAAGGAGUACGAGAACAUCUGUCCGUUAAGUGAUCCCAUCAGUAUGGUGUCUGACGUCCUGUGUUGUGACCAAGCCCUCUACGUCAUCGAUAAAUCCACCGACUGCUCUCUGGUGUCCGAGCAAAUAUUCCAGAUAGGAGAAUCGUCUAGGCCAGUGUCCCACUCAGAGGGGGUGUUCGACCCUCAGCGUCUGUCCUACGUACGGAGGGAAAUGCGUGAACACGAGGUUCCCGACACACAAUCUCCCAUCGCUCGAGAUCUCGGCAGCGGCGAGAGUGGAGUAGUUGACAGCAUAGCGCAGGGGCAAGAGUGUGCAGUGGAAGAUAGUAAGAGGAAACUCCAAGAGCCCGAUGAGCCGUCUUCGUUUGAGGAAAUAAAGAAUAUUGUGAAAAUUCGGGAGGCCAAGAUUACUCCCCUUCAAAGUUAGAGAUUCUGUGAUCAGUAACUAGUUUACAUUUUUGAUAAAUAUAUCUGUGAUAAUCAGUACAGUUUCUAUUUCAUUUCCGUAUUUUAUUGUUAAAUUUAUUAUAUUUAUUGUUUAUUUAUUGAAAUUUUUAUGUCAGUUUUG